AUGCCACCUGAAAUAUGUUCAUAUUACCCAAAUGAUAGUUUGCCAUCAUUUUACCAGGAACAUAAGGGAUGUUACAAACACGUUCAAAAGCAUAGUGAAUACAUUUCACACACAAAGCACAUCCAGUGCGUUAUUCCAGAUCAAGAAUUCAACUGGGAAGCAAUCAAUCUUACAGCUAAGAUGAUGCUGUUUCCAGUUCUUUUGAUUUUGGUUGUGGCUAAUCAAGAAAUUUUUGCUGCAGAGCAAGUUGGUCAGAUACAAAAUGCUGUUACGGAAUCUGGAAAAGCUGACGAGUAUCCGACAGAACUUCAAGAUGGCAACAAAGAAGAUAGUGACUUGGAGCUCGAAGAAGGAAAAACCCAUGACCCAUUGUUCUUUGGAUCCAGACGAUCAUUUGGAUUCAGACGAUCAUUUGGCUCAAGACGAUCAUUUGGCUCAAGACGAUCAUUUGGCUCAAGAAGACGUUUUUUUAACUCCAGAAGGCGUUUUACCAGUUCAAGGCGGCGUUUUGUUAGCUCAAGGAGGCGAUUCAUAAGUUCACGGAGACGAUUUAUCACUUCGCGAAGACGUUUCGUAAGUUCACGAAGGCGAUUCAUAAGUUCACGGAGACGAUUUAUCACUUCGCGAAGACGUUUCGUCAGUUCACGAAGGCGAUUUGUAAGUUCACGGAGACGAUUUAUUAGUUCGCGAAGACGUUUCAUAAGUUCACGUCGACGAUUUAUCAGUUCGCGAAGACGGUUCCUCAGUUCACGGAGGCGAUUUAUCAGUUCGCGAAGACGUUUCGUAAGUUCACGAAGGCGAUUCAUAAGUUCACGGAGACGAUUUAUCACUUCGCGAAGACGUUUCGUCAGUUCACGAAGGCGAUUUGUAAGUUCACGGAGACGAUUUAUUAGUUCGCGAAGACGUUUCAUAAGUUCACGUCGACGAUUUAUCAGUUCGCGAAGACGGUUCGUCAGUUCACGGAGGCGAUUUAUCAGUUCGCGAAGACGUUUCGUCAGUUCUCGGAGGCGGUUCGUCAGUUCCAGACGGCGUUUUAUAAGUUACAGAAGAAGAAGUCUUACGAGACGCCGAAGUAUUACUAGGCGAAGAAGCUUUGUUAGACGAAGAAGCGUUCUCAGACGAAGAAGCGUUUUCAGACGAAGAAGUGUUCUCAGACGAAGGAGCGUUCUUAGACGAAGAAGCCAUCUAAGACGAAGGAGCGUUCUUAGACGAAGGAGCGUUCUUAGACGAAGAAGCGUUCUCAGACGAAGGAGCGUUCUUAGACGAAGAAGCCUUCUAAGACGAAGGAGCGUUCACAGACGAAGGAGCGUUCUUAGACGAAGAAGCGUUCUAAGACGGAGAAGCCUCCUUAGACGAAGAAGCCUUCUAAGACGGAGAAGUGUUCUUAGACGAAGAAGGGUUCUCAGACGAAGAAUCCUACUUAGACGAAGAAGCCUUCUCAGAAGAAGAAGCCUUCUUAGACGGAGAAGCCUUCUAAGACGGAGAAGCAUCAUGAGACGGAGAAGCAAGAUCUGUAAAAGAGGUUCAAAUCAGUGCAAAAGCCCAGAUUCCAAAUACAGAGUAACUUGGAAGGCUGAAGGUAACAACAAUCCUAAAAGCAAGUACUUUAGUCGCAAGGCACAUGUUCCUCCUGGCAGUUCAGGACUGACAAUUGGACGAGGUUAUGAUAUGAAGGAGCGAUCAAAAACAGAGGUUUAUACUGAUCUUAUAAACGCCGGUGUUCCAAAAAAACAAGCUGAGAAAUUGUCAGGUGGAGCAAAGUUGAAGGGUAGUGUAGCCAGAAAUUAUAUAAAGAAUAACUUGAAAGGUAUAGUUAUAUCAGAGAAAGCUCAAGAAAAGUUGUUCAACAUUGCUAUUAAAGAGAAAGUGAAAACUGCAAAAAGAAUUUUCACAAAACCUGACGUGGUGAAAGCAUAUGGAAAGGCAGAUUGGAACAAAUUGAAUCCAGCUAUCAAAGGAACAGUUAUCGACUUGUUGUAUCGUGGAGAUUAUACAGGCGGGAAAAAGGGAACCAGAAAAUUCCUUCAAAAGGUAAUCGUUAAUAACGAUUUGAAGAAAUUUACUGAGAUAAUGAGCGACAAGAAAAUUUGGGAUAAAUAUGGCGUACCCCCUGAUCGAUUCAAACGAAGAAAAGAGUUUCUUGAGAAAGCUCUCAAGGAGCAAAAGAAACAAUAGAGCGGUAAUGUGCAAAGAACUCUAAUUUUUGUAUUGUGUUGAUGGACUUCUUUUUUUUUAGUUAUUAUUAUUAAUAGCACACACUAUCAUAUAAUUAAAUAUAUAAGUAGGUUACCAACAAUAACAUUUAGCAGUAUUUGUUUGUUAGUAUUUGUAAUUUUAUAGAAGAACAUUAAUUUACUAUAAAAGCGUAUCGAACAGAACUCUAUAGUAAAAUGUUUUGAGCUUUAGGAUCUAGGAUCAUUCUAGGAAAUACAUUUUAAUGGAGUUAUUUUUGUUAUUCUUUUUAUAUUAUCAACCCGAACUAACAGGUAAUUAGAUAUAUAUUUAGAUAUUCACCGAUAAAAUUUAACAGACAUUUUUUACUUUCUUUGUUAUACGCUUUUGUGUAAUGUGAGUGAUUUUCAAAAACAGUCUUUUGCAAGACAGCGAGAAGUUUUUUUUUGUGCUUUUGACAUAUAUCGCAACGCCCUGUUUCCCAUGUCAUUUAAAUGUUACCCCAACUGUGGUUUUCAAUGAAAAUUGACAGACAAACGAAGUGAAACUUUUGACCCUAUCACAGGUGGUUGGUGGUUUUGAAGGGAAAACACGCAGUAUUUAGAAUCCAUAAUUAUAACACGGUGUUUAAUGUUUUUUUCUUUCUUUUUGUCUUUUAAUAAACGAAAUAAUUAGCUUUUUAGUCUGCUUA